AUGUUGCUACACGACCACACUAAGAGUAGUGAUUGUAAACAUAAUCACGAACAUCCUUCUCAAACCAAAAGUUACUGUGGUGCUGUUGAUAUGACAUGGCGUCCAUUCCUCUCUAUUGCCUCCGUUAUUCCUUUACCUGCGUAUCACCAGACUGUCUACCUACAACUAUUUCCAUCCGCUGCACCAAUGAACCUGGCAUUUCCUGCUCCACCCUCUUCUUCACAGCGCCGCCGAUCUUUACCAUCUCCAACCCAGGCUUUCGUCAAAUUAGCAGAUCAUUCAAUAAUGGCCGCUGGGGUACCUCCAAUAACUCAGACGUCGAAUAUGGCAGAACUACCAUUUUCUCAACCACAUUCAUUACAUUCCAAAUUGACGUCUUUCAUGGAUCCAAUAACGGCGACGAAUACCAUUACCAGUAUGUUUCCUCAAGGCACCCACCGUGUAGUGCAACUAAUAGAUGACAGUAAGGAGCCGAGUGCAAGCGAUCAUAGGGGUACUGCUAUGAUUGUGAUCAUAAGCGGUAUCGCCCUGGUAGUCAUAGGUAUUGGUGUACUCAUACUAUGCUAUUGCCGCCGACGAGUGCACCAUCGCAAGUCUUCCUCAACAUCAGCAUCAACAUCUCUCUUACCAUUAGUACCAGUUCCAGCAUCAUCAUUAUCAUCAUUAUCAUCAACAUCAACAUCAUUGUUAUCAUCACUAUCACUUUAUCCAGCGCAAACAGAAGAUAAGAGCAGUCAUCGUCCGUUGGGGGCUCCGCCACGUGUAUGUAAUCAGUGUCGAUGUCGAUUAAGCAACUAUUCUUUGGAAAGGACCUUGUCACCUCCAACGGAGACAGUCAAAGGUUGGCCUUCUGGCUUUGAUAGUAUGAGAAGUGAUCGUGGAAUGUGUAUAGCAAUGGAAAAGACAAUGAUUUCACAGGAUCAAACCCAUGCAAAAGAUCCAAGGUUUGUUGGUUUUCAUGACAUAACCGCAACAGCGUUCGACAUGAACUUUAGGACUCGUAAAGACCACUUUCACAACACCAAAGAGGCUUUUAAGGAUCUAGAGAGGCAGCAACCUCAAGCCAAACAACAGUAUGAGACAAAGAACCCGGAAGAGCAUAACUGGUAUCAGUAUAUUGUAAAGUCGGUAGUAAAUGGUGAUGUAAGAUGGUCUCUUGCUUUGGCAAGAGCAUGGAAGACCUUAAGUCACCCAUCUCUCACAACUGGAUCCAACCCGACGGUUGGUUACUUUGGAGACCAUUGCAAGUGUAUUGUCCCGCCAAUCUCGGCGCCACCACCAUUAAUGAUUAAAGAAACGGUCGUCGAGUUCCCCAAGGAUGUCUUGACUUCAAGCCCCUGUCCUCUUUAUACAUCUGGGCUCGAUUCAGUCACUGCUGCUGCCGCUCGAGUACCGAGUUCGAUCCGCUUCGGUUCAUUUUCUUCAUUACCCAUAUACCCUUCGUCAUGUUCUCUAGCCCUAGAAUUCCAGGACGCUGUGCAAAAGGAUGAUACCACUACUCCUAUGACUAACUUCGAAUCCAAGGAAGCAUUCUGUAAAGGUCUAAGUUCUUUAGCCCCUGCACGGGCUAUUACUAGGUCCUACCACUCCAAGAACAAUGUUCUGAAGGGUUCUUUAAGCAACGUAUACCGCGCUACAUCUUCAUUGAGACGGCUUCAGGAAGGUUACAAGGAUUGCUACCGUCACCACAGGCAUCAUUUUUACAUCAAAAGCGCCCAUGGAGACAAGACGAGUAAGAGUAACUACCCGUAUCACUAUCGCUACAAUUACUAUUACGGCUACUAUUGCCACUCUUACUCUCGCUACAAUCGCGGCAAGCGACGAGAUGGGUCUCGGAAGUUGAGUGGCAAGCAAAACUGGAAAUCAUUGAAAUACCACCGACUUCGGGAUAGGAAUUCUGAUAUACGAGUAGAUGGUUAUAAUAUAUAUCAAAUCAAUGACUUUAAUUCACACUUGAGCCAUGGUAAUAAUCAAUCUUUGGAAAAAGCAAUUGAUAAAAAACAUUCAUUGAAGCAGCAGCAACAGAAGCAACAGAAGCAACAGAGACAGCAGGAGCAUCAGCAGAAUAAGCAGCAGGUCCAACAUGAACCACAGCGGCAGCGACAACAGCAGCCAUCAUGGGGAUUUCUGCUACAGUCUUACGAGUCACCAUAUACAUGUGUGAGUGAUGAGAUAUUAGCCCCUGCCAUCUUUGAAAGCUCCACUCUGCCCAGCCAUCUUUGGAGGUCUUAG